UCUCUCUCUUUCCUUUUUAAUGGUCCUCCCUACCCGACUACCAUGCUGUGAACACCAUUAUUUUUCGUUCCUCUCUCUUAUAUUUGCAUUCUUGUUCUUUUUCUACAGUCGGUUUAAUCUGGGAUUUUGUGAGUCUCGAUGAUUCAUUGCUGCAAGGCAGAGGAAAAUUAAACAUUGCAAUGGAAAUGUAUGUGUUACUUUGCAAAAUUCAAGAAAUCGAUAGCCAAAUACCUGUUUUUCAUGAUCUGCAGUUUCUCCAGAUUUCUGGGAAAGAGUGAAUGAAACUGAAUCUUCAAAGCGACAGCUGUUUGUUUCUGUUUAGGCCUGAUAGAUUGGGUAAUUAGUGCGGAAUUAGUGAAUUGGCUUGCUCAUUUCGGAAAAGGGUUUCUGGGUAUUUGAUUGACUAUGGAAAGCAGAGUUUAGGGUUUGUGAGGGAGAAAAAUGGCUCCAGCGACUGAUGUUUCUUCUCAGAUAAGCAUAUUGAAUGAGAGUAAGUGUGGUUGUAAGGGCACAGUGUCUGCCCUAGAUGAUCCGAAAGAUGAUAACUUUGAUGGUUUAAACCAAGUGAGCGCUGGAAAACCUCCAAGAAACCUUUCCACUAUGAGGCAUUGCACCAGUUCCCAAUGGUUGGCAGAAUUGGAAUCAGAUAAUGGGAUUAUGGGUUUUAACAAGUCACCGCCGGGUGAAAAUUCUGGGUUUGUACCGGUAUUUCGAUCGGGAAGUUGUUCGGAAAAGGGGCCAAAACAAUACAUGGAGGAUGAAUAUAUUUGUUUAGAUAAUCUCCAGGAACAUCUAGGACAAGCUGAAGAUUUCCCUUCUCCUGGAGCAUUUUAUGGGGUAUUCGAUGGACAUGGUGGCACUGAUGCUGCAAAGUUCACCAGAAUGAACAUCCUGAAGUUCAUCGUCGACGACUCCAACUUCCAAUCCACAACUAAAAAGGCAAUCAAGAGUGCUUUUGUGAGGGCUGAUCAUGCAUUUGCGGAUGCUAAAUCGCUCGAUAGUUCUUCUGGCACCACUGCUCUGACUGCCCUUAUUUUGGGAAAAACCAUGUUUAUCGCCAAUGCUGGGGAUUCUCGCGCAGUUCUGGGCAAACGAGGAAGAGCCAUCGAGCUGUCCAAAGACCACAAACCCAACUGCAUAGCCGAAAGGCUAAGGAUCGAGAAACUUGGUGGUGUCAUAUACGACGGGUACCUCAAUGGCCAGUUAUCAGUAGCAAGAGCACUUGGUGACUGGCACAUCAAGGGCUCGAAAGGUACAAAAUCUCCCUUGAGCUCGGAGCCAGAGUUGGAGGAGAUUUCCCUUACAGAAGAAGACGAGUAUUUGAUAAUGGGUUGUGAUGGUUUGUGGGAUGUGAUGAGUAGCCAAUGUGCAGUGACAAUGGUGAGGAAAGAGCUGAUGAUGCACAAUGAUCCAGAGAGGUGCUGUAAAGCACUUGUGAAGGAAGCUCUACAACGCAAUACAUGCGACAAUCUAACAGUCGUGGUGGUCUGUUUCUCGCAGGAUCCACCUCCUCGGAUUGAGAUCCCUAAAUCCCAUAAAAGGAGGAGUAUAUCAGCUGAAGGGCUGGAUCUUCUCAAGGGUGUGCUGAGUAACAUAUGAACAGAAUAUGGCUGCAUAGACAAGUAACCCCAGCCCAGCUCGUGAAGGGUAAAUGGGUCGGGCCGAGCACGGCCAGUUCCGGGUUAACAGGCCUCUGCCAGUUUGACUUCUAAAAAUAAAAACUAAAAGAAAACACUAAAAUAAACAAAUCAUAAAUGGGGGGAUUUGAUUUUUGUCCAUUCAAAUUUUGUCUCUUUUUUUUUUUUAUCACACUGAUGUAGUAGUACUACUAUUGACAAUCCUAGUGCAUGGCAACUAGUGGAAGUUCAUCUCUAUGUUUGCAAGUGGGGAUUGAUUCAACUACUGAUGUUGGCGCUGACCCUUUGAAUAUGUAUUAGUUAAUUUUUUGACCCAAAAAAACUAUAAGUACAUAUAAUUGAUUUUGUUGUUGUUGAUGUAAUUAUUGGUGGGAUCAAAGAAGAUUGUCCCAUCAAAUUGUCAUGAAUACAUUAGGAGAGAAUUUG